AGACGAAAAGAACAAAAUAGAGCAGCCCAAAGAGCAUUUCGAGAGCGCAAAGAAAAAUAUGUAAAAGAACUGGAAGACAAGAUCAGACAAAUUCAAGCAGCCCAUGAGGUCCAUGUUGCUCAACUCCAGAAAGAGAAUGAAGAACUAAGGGCAAUAUUGGGUGAUAUUAAG